UUCGUUAAUUCUAUCACAUAAUGAUUUUAUGUGAUGAUGGCCCAUUCCGUCCUCUGAGUAGCAAGUGUAUUAUAAUCCUGUUGGCUAGUGGAUGUCAUGGCAGGUAGCCAUAUAAAUGAAAGCUAGCUUAGUAGCUUUUCAUUUGAUGAAUGAGACUCGGUGUAGUUAUUGCAAGCUAACUGGCCAGCUAGCUAAAUUGCCAGUUUAGCAUGCGAGUAGCCUGUAGGAUUGACUUGUUUGCAUUUAAAGCAAUUGUCAAUGGAAUGACAUAAGCUAAAUGGAUAUUUAUCUAACUAAAUGUUUAGUUUUAUACUGCUGGCGCAUUUGCUAGCUAACAGCAGCUCAUAUCCUUGGCUGUCCUUCUCUGACGUUAUAGCAGCAGGCUAGACGUAAAACAGUAUGUAAACUAACGUUGUUAGGCAGAGUGAUUGCUACUCUGCUCCGGUUACACCCACUGAGGAGUCCGGGGGGAGACUUGGGGGCGAAGAAGAAGAAGAAGAAACAAAAGAGAAAGAAAGAGAAGCCGAGCUCUGGAGGGGCCAAGUCAGACUCUGCCUCAGACUCACAGGAGAUAAAGAACCCAGGGCUGCCCAUGCAGAAGCUGCAGGACAUCCAGAGAGCCAUGGAGUUGCUGUCCUGCCAGGGACCAGCUAAGAGCAUCGACGAGGCCACCAAACACAAGUACCAGUUCUGGGACACACAGCCAGUACCUAAACUCAAUGAGGUUGUAACCAGCCAUGGGCCCAUGGAGGCUGACAAGGACAACAUCAGACAGGAGCCCUACUCUCUACCACAGGGCUUUAUGUGGGACACACUGGACCUCAGCAACGCUGACGUGCUGAAGGAGUUGUACACCUUGUUGAAUGAGAACUAUGUGGAGGAUGAUGACAACAUGUUUAGAUUUGAUUACUCACCCAGCUUUCUCAAAUGGGCGUUGCGUCCUCCAGGCUGGUUGCCCCAGUGGCAUUGUGGGGUGAGGGUUUCCUCCAAUAAGAAACUGGUUGGUUUCAUCAGUGCCAUUCCUGCUGAUAUCCACGUCUACGAUACCUUAAAGAAAAUGGUUGAGAUCAACUUCCUGUGUGUUCAUAAGAAAUUGCGUUCAAAGCGUGUGGCUCCAGUUCUGAUCAGGGAGAUCACACGAAGGGUUAACUUGGAGGGUAUAUUCCAGGCCGUCUACACGGCAGGAGUGGUACUACCCAAACCUGUGUCUACCUGCAGGUACUGGCAUCGUUCUCUGAACCCCAGGAAGCUGGUGGAGGUGAAAUUCUCCCACCUGAGCAGAAACAUGACGCUGCAGAGAACCAUGAAAUUGUACAGACUACCAGAUAGCACUAAGACCCCGAGCUUGCGAGCGAUGGAGAAGCGUGACGUGCGUCAGGUGACGGAGCUGCUGCAGAAACACAUGAGGCGUUUCCAGCUGGCUCCCUCUAUGGGCGAGGAGGAGGUGGCACACUGGUUCCUCCCUCAGGACAACAUCAUAGACACAUUUGUAGUGGAGGGUGCCGGUGGUGUGUUGACAGACUUCACUAGUUUCUACACCCUGCCCUCCACAGUGAUGCACCAUCCACAGCACAGAAGUCUAAAGGCUGCUUACUCCUUCUACAGCGUUCACACACACACUCCACUACUGGACCUGAUGAAUGACACUCUCAUACUGGCCAAACUGAAAGGCUUUGAUGUGUUUAAUGCUCUGGACCUGAUGGAGAACAAGGUGUUUCUGGAGAAACUCAAAUUUGGCAUCGGAGACGGCAACCUGCAGUAUUACCUCUUUAACUGGAAAUGUCCCCCCAUGGACCCCGACAUGGUUGGCCUUGUUCUUCAAUAACUAGUCUGUCUGUGACUGCUACACACUCAGAGGUCAAAGGUCUUCUUUGACCCCUAACAUCGCUCUACCUGGACACACAGGUAGUCCCAAACUAGAAGAAGACAAUGACAACAAUCAACCAAUCAAAGUGAUCGGUAGGUGUGCAUACUUUGAGCAUCUCUCCUGGAUCAUUUUUAUCAUGGAGAACAUUCUCUCUGCUCACCCGGAACUGAUAACUCUCUUUUUAACCAUCAACAUCCUGAAUGUGAAGUCAUGCUCUGCCUGAGACAGACUCUUGUACAGUACACACACACACACUACAUGAAGAGAAGGAAGACUUGCAUCCAUAAUGUUUUUCUUGUUUUAUUCAAAAAGGUGCAUUGGUAACUGUGUUUGUUGGACAGUGCAGAAAUGUAGUAACCUGUGCAUUUAAUGCCAGAACACAUUUAUUCCAGUAGUGUGGAAUAUGGGGGGUGGGAGAGGAAAGAUUCAACUGGUGUAGAUGUUAUUGACUUUGGUGUUCCUAUGAAUGGUUAAGAGGAGGGGAUUCUAGGGAUUUUUGAGGAAGAAUGUAUUUGAAGCACAAAUCUUAAGUUCUUAACUGAGUGAAAGGCUCCUUAACAACCCCAGGUGCAUUUUAUAUAUUGAUUAUUUAUUUUUUGUGUGUUUAGGUUUUUCAAUAUCUGAGUGUUUGAGAAACAUAACAUGCAGGAUGGGAAUUUUAUUUUAAAAUUGUUUUUAUUUAUUUUUUGUUUGUGCAGCUAACAGCAUAUAUUAUUUUAAAAAGGUCCCCACUUUUUUCCCCGGGCACAAUUCUGAUAUUUAGGAUUGUGCUUAUAUGUUGUGUGUUCUGUCACCAUUCCUCCCAUGUCUGUCAGUAUUUGUUAAAACCCCUUAAAAAUCAAACCUGCAUCUUCACCUAUAAAUAAAGGUAUUGGGUUGGAG